GGCGCUGCGAGCACCUGCUGGCAACUGCUGCAGUGGCGCAGGCCAGCUAGCUAGGGUGCUCCUGCUCCGCUGCUCGGCUGCUCCAGACCUGCUGCUGCUGCGCCCACGUGGCCGUCCUUAUCCGCCUCCGCCCUCCCUCCCUCUCCCACCUCGGUUCCUCCUCUCUUUCUCUCGCCGCUAUUGGUUAGUUCCAUAAAUAGUAGCCAGUUGCUCACUGGUACGGUGGUCUCUCCUACCAGCUGCGGCUGCUUCCCCGACGACGCGCGCCGCAGAUCUACACCCUCGGCGCCGGGCGGAGCAGGGAGGGAGGAAGGGAGGGAGGGACCAUGGCUGGGAAGAGGGAGCGGAUAGCGAUACGGAGGAUCGACAACCUGGCGGCGAGGCAGGUGACCUUCUCCAAGCGCCACCGGGGGCUGUUCAAGAAGGCCGAGGAGCUCUCCAUCCUAUGCGACGCCGAGGUCGGACUCGUCGUCUUCUCCGCCACCGGCAAGCUCUUCCACUUCGCCAGCUCCAGCAUGAAUCGGGUCAUCGAUCGGUAUGACUCCCAUUCCAAGACGCUGCAGAAGUCAGAAGCACCGUCUCAGCUGCAAUCCCAUGUGGAUGACAGCACUUGUGCAAGGCUAAGGGAGGAGCUCUCCGAAGCAAGCCUUAAGCUCAGGCAGAUGAGAGGAGAGGAACUCCAGAGGCUGAGCGUCCAACAGCUGCAGGAGUUAGAGAAGACCCUCGAAUCCGGCCUCGGCUCUGUACUCAAAACCAAGAGCCAAAAAAUCCUCGACGAGAUCAACAGUCUGGAAAGAAAGAGAAUGCAACUGAUCGAGGAGAAUUCAAGGCUAAAGGAGCAACUGCAGGUGACCCGGAUGGCAAGGAUGGAGACGCAACUCGGCGCCGAUUCAGAAGUUGUGUGCGAGGAAGGACAGUCAUCUGAAUCCGUGACCAACGCCUCGUAUCCGCGCCCGCCGGCCGACACCAACGAUGGUGGCUCCGAUACAUCGCUGAGGCUCGGGUUACCACUGUUCAGCUCGAAGUGAUGGAAACCGAAUUGUCCUGGAGCAGAGUGACGCCGAUUACCUGCCCUCCCCAUUGUAAAUCUGGGAGCAGAAUUCCUGGCUUGAGAAGCGGCCAACGCGUCGCUUCAAAAUAAGAGGCAUUAUCGAGUGCUGGAUGAUGUGUGUAUUCUGAAAGUGACUUGCUUUUGUUAUACGGCUUGUUAAUAAACAACGGGUUCCCUCUUGAUGUUACCUGCAGUUCAUGUUCUGUUCUCUGUUUUGAGAACUCGUAAUUCCCUGCACUUCAUGUUA